AGCUUUCACCUUCGGCUUCUUUCUAUAUGUGUGCGUUUUGCUGCGUAAUGUGACCUGGAGAGUUCUCACAAUCCCCCUCAACUCCACGCAGCCGAUGUCUAUCAUUCCCGCGGCCUCAUCCAAUCCCUCACAGGCGAUGAGCACGCAUCAUCCUCUGGACGCAUCGUUGUGAUCUAGAUCGACUAUGGCGAUGGGUCAGGGAGAGCAGCGAGCCAUCCACCCGUUUUUUCGACGAGAACCCCCGGCAUCUACAAUUCCAAUCGGCCAAUCCCCUGUCACCAAUCACCCAAGCCCGCAUUCUGUCCACAAACCACCAUCCACCAGCCAUGGCCUUGCCUUGACCUUCAGUCCCGAGCCGUCCGCCAUGUCGGUCGAAACGCUAGAUCAUGACCCGAAUUCCAACCGCAGGAAGAGACGGAAGACGGAUAAGGAUAAGCCUCAAGAUGCGGCACCUGGCCAGGGAUCGGUGGUGAAUUAUGCCAUAUCCACAAACUCGCGAUCUCAAGCCAAGGAGGCGAGUCCGGUUGAGGAAUUGUCUACUAGUGCACUCAGCAAUGCCUCCGAAGCCCCCGAACCUGACACCGGGAUCGAGCCCGGUGCCCCUCCUGCCCAGGGGUCGAAUGCGCCUUUGACUACACCAGAACCGGAUACACAAGAAAUCGCGCCCCAGGUCGCCACGCAGGACCAAGAGACAAAAAGAAGGUCGCCUCGGCAGAAAGUCAUCAAGUUGAAUCCUAACGGGAAACUGUUGCCAUCGCCGGUUACGAAGAGAGUCGAAGAUAAACCCACAAAGAAAAAAGCCGAACGCAGCAAGGGGAAGCCUACCAGCUCGGAAGGCAGCUUGGUGAUCAUCAAAUAUGGAAAUGAAGGUGAUAAUGGGGAUGCUAUUGGAAAGCUGAUUGAUGAUAUACUCAGUGGUCGGAAGAAGCAUGGCACCUGCAACAAGACCUCUCUGCCUGUCGCCCCAGCCUCCUCUACAGUCGUCCAACAGCCAAUGAAGCCUACCCAUCCAUUCUUUUCGAAAAUGGCCACACGCAAGCCAAAUACAACUGUCGCGCAAUCCCAGGAGCCUAACCCUCGUUCGCAGACCUCCGCAGGAACGGAGUCGACAACUCACUCUCCCCCAGGCCACGGGACAGGAUCAACAGGCAUGUCGACACAGUCUUCCACACCCUUCACGUCAUUUAAAUACCGUCGUACCAAGUUUCCCGAACCCAUUCAGCCGAUCUGGCCUCCGCGCGAUCUCGUUCAUGUUCGAGGUAUCCGCGAAGACCCCGACACACAGGAUAAUAAAACUUGCUACUCCGUGGAGUGGGAUCGGAAAAAGGCAAAGAUGGCGGCAGUCAGCAUUGGUGACGACGAAAGCGUACUUUCACAGCUGGUAAGGAAGUGCUCGUCUGAGUCUCCCUCUAGUCUACGGAUCCCUUCAAGACAUGCCGCCAGCGGAAAGGUCAUACAAACAGCUGUGACUAGACAGCUGUGGGCAACAUCAGACGACAAGAAAUCACUCGCAGGAUCCUGUCACCCAGCCGUAACGAAGCUUCAUUCGUUGCUUCCCUGCUCCAUGACUGCUUUCGAUCGCGGAGAGUUCGACACGAUGCAUUGGGCCCAGAAAUACGCUCCUCAAUCGGCCGAGCAAGUGCUACAAACGACUAGAGAAGCAUACAUGCUACGGGACUGGCUGAAAUAUUUGAUGGUCUCGACAGUUGACACGGGCAAAUCUUCCAAGAAGGAUGAGAAAGUGAAGAAGAAUCUGGAAGAAAGGAAACGGAAGAAACGGAAGAAUGAAAAUUUAGACGGCUUCAUUGUUUCAAGUGAGGAUGAAGCGUAUGAAUUGGACCCCAUCGACGGUUCUGAUGAUGAACUAGCGGGUGAUGUGACCACCAAGAGAACGUUGAUUCGAUCCGGUGAUUUCGCUCUCGGUUCGAAGUCGGGGGGUGAAAAAAGCCGCGUAUCCAACGUCAUCCUUCUCAGUGGUCCUUCGGGAUGUGGGAAAACGGCGUCGGUUUAUGCUGUGGCAAAGGAGCUCGAUUUCGAAGUGUUCGAGAUCAAUCCUGGAAACCGCCGUAGCGCCAAGGAUAUUGUGGAGCGCGUGGGUGACAUGACUCGAAAUCAUCUAGUGCAUAACCCGAACCCUGGCGAGGUGCCAGCCACCUCUUCAGAGAAUGAGGAACCAGUGAAUCUCAAGCAGAACAAGUUGGCCGGCUUUUUCAAAUCGCACACUGCCAAAGAGUCAACACGCAACACUAACACCGAUACCAAGGGCGCCUCUCAAGAGACCGAUUCAAAGCGGCCUCGAUAUCAAAAACAGUCGCUGAUACUGUUAGAGGAAGCCGACGUUCUCUUCGAAACGGAUAAGCAGUUCUGGUCUGGAGUCCUGACACUUAUCAAUCAGUCGAAACGGCCGAUUAUCAUUACCUGUAACGAUGAGAAUCUCAUUCCGGCUCAGGACAUAUCGUUCCAUGCCAUCCUUCGUUAUCGAGCACCCCCGGUCGAUCUCGCCAUCGAUUAUAUCCUCCUCCUGGCUGCAAAUGAGGGUCACAUGCUCAAACGCAACGCUGUUGGGGACCUCUAUGCGUGCACGGGCAAAGACCUUCGGCGGACCAUUAUGGAACUUGGCUUUUGGUGCCAGAUGGCAGUUGGUAGCGAAAAGUCAGGUCUUGACUGGAUAAUCGAUCGAUGGCCACAGGGGUCAGACGUCGACAAGAAUGGCGAUCAGCUUAGAGUGCUCAGUCUGAACACGUACGAACCGUACAUGGGCUGGUUUGGUCGCGAUAUGUUGAUGUGUGACGAAAUCGACGCUGCCAUAGAAUCUCAGCAGGAGUCCUUUGAUUGGUGGCAGCUCAGCAUGCAAGAAUCGGCGAGUCGGGCCCACGCCAGGCCGAAACCGGACCAAGCUAUAUCGAACCUAGGGCGACUGGACCAGCUACGACAGGCGUCCGAGUGGAUGGAUAUGAGGGGUGCCCUUGAUCUUCUGUGUUCCCCUUGCUCCGUCAACCCAACCUUGGACAUUACGGAUACUUCCGUCCCUCCGAUGCCCGAGAAGCAGCGAAUCAAUCAUACCGAGGGCUAUACGUUGCUGGACACCGUUAUCAUGCCUAACUAUUCGCAUACUCCCGCUGCGAUUGCCUGUACAUUCGAAGUGCUACUCGAGAGAACCUUCGGACCGGGCGGUGGACCAGAUACCGAGACUACGCGAGCCGCACAAGUGCUGGACAGUCUCGACCAAUCCAAAGCCACGGACACAACCGAGGCAGAUCUACUCUCGGCUUUCGCGCCCAUUAUGCGGGCCGACCAUGUGUUCCCCGCACCUACAGGACGCUUGGCUCCUUCAUUUGAAAACGGCCUGGGACCCAUUGCCGAAGAUCUCGGCCCGUACAUUCGAGGAAUCAUGGCCUACGACGUCCGUCUCGCGCAAUAUCGGCACCAGCUGACUGGAGUGGUCUCCGACGAGCAGGGUGGUACGAAGCGAGCGCGACAGACUCGAGCGAGUCGAGCAGCACUAGAAGGGGGUAGCAAAGCCCAUACCCGGAAAGAAAGAUGGUUCCCGACGCACGCAAAUCCAUCACUGAUCCUGGCCACUGGCAAGCCCGAAUGGCAGGAGAUCUUGCUGCAGCAGGGGUAUUUUGCCGUGCCAUUCAGUGGGGAGAGUAUAUAGAUAGACCAGUUAUAAGCCUAAUAAAACCUGUG